CGGGUCUGGCGUCGCGCGGGGGACUGCCUAGCCAGCACACGGACCCCUGCACACCAUGGGGGAACACACCGCGCGCCGCUGCUGUCUGGGCUGGGACUUUAGCACGCAGCAGGUGAAAGUUGUUGCUGUUGAUACAGAGAUGAACAUCUGCUAUGAGGACAGUGUGCAGUUUGACAGAGAUCUUCCAGAAUUUGGGACUCAGGGCGGGGUGCAUGUGCACAAGGACAGGCUGACAGUCACCUCCCCAGUCCUGAUGUGGGUCCAGGCUCUGGAUAUCAUCCUGGAGAAGAUGAAGGCUUCGGGUUUUGACUUCUCUCAAGUCCUGGCCCUGUCAGGGGCCGGCCAGCAACAUGGGAGCGUGUACUGGAGUGCGGGGGCCAGCUUGGUGCUGACAAGCCUGUCACCAGACCUCCCGCUGCACCAGCAGCUGCAGGCCUGUUUCACCCUUGGUGACUGCCCAGUAUGGAUGGACUCCAGCACCACGGCCCAGUGCCGCCACCUGGAGGCCGCUGUUGGGGGUGCCCAGGUGCUCAGCUGCCUGACAGGGUCCCGUGCCUAUGAGCGUUUUACAGGGAACCAAAUUGCAAAGAUUUACCAGCAGAAUCCUGAGGCCUACUUACGUACAGAGAGAAUUUCUUUGGUCAGCAGCUUUGCCGCUUCCCUCUUCCUUGGCUCUUACUCCCCGAUUGACUACAGUGAUGGUUCUGGAAUGAAUUUGUUACAGAUCCAAGAGAAGGUCUGGUCCCAGGCUUGCCUCAGUGCCUGUGCCCCUCAUUUAGAAGAGAAGCUUGGGUCACCAGUGCCAUCUUGCUCAGUGGUGGGAGCCAUUUCUUCCUACUACAUCCAGCGCUAUGGAUUUGCUCCUGGAUGCAGAGUGGUGGCCUUCACUGGAGACAACCCAGCGUCGCUGGCAGGCAUGAGGCUGGAGGAAGGUGACAUUGCGGUCAGCCUGGGUACCAGCGACACCCUGUUUCUCUGGCUUCGGGAGCCCUUGCCUGCCUUAGAAGGCCACGUCUUCUGCAACCCAGUUGAACCGCAGCACUACAUGGCACUCUUGUGCUUUAAAAAUGGCUCCCUCAUGAGAGAGAAGAUCCGUGAUGAAUCUGCUUCCCAUUCCUGGAGCGAGUUCUCUAAGGCACUGCAGUCCACGGAGAUGGGGAACAGCGGCAACCUGGGCUUUUAUUUUGAUGUAAUGGAGAUCACCCCUGAAAUAAUCGGAUGUCAUAGAUUUAAUGCAGAAAACCAUGAGGUCCCAGCAUUCCCUGGUGAUGUUGAGAUUCGAGCAUUGAUUGAAGGACAGUUCAUGGCCAAGAGGAUUCAUGCAGAAGGCCUGGGCUAUAGAGUCAUGCCCAAGACAAAGAUUUUGGCCACUGGAGGAGCAUCUUGCAACAAAGACAUCUUACAGGUGCUUGCAGAUGUGUUUGGUGCCCCUGUAUAUGUCAUGGACACUUCCAGCUCUGCCUGUGUGGGCUCUGCAUACCGAGCUUUUCAUGGCCUUGCAGGUGGAACGGAUAUGGCCUUUUCAGAGGUUGUGAAGUCAGCCCCAAAACCCAGACUGGCUGCCACACCAACCCCGGGAGCUUCUGAGGUCUAUGAGGCCCUCCUUCCCCGCUAUGCCAGACUUGAACAGAAAAUCUUGUCUCAGACUGGAAGCCCUCUGAAAUGAACUCUGCAGGCCCAAGCACCAC